UUAAGUGCCAGUUAAAUGGAGCCUGGAUACCGUUCAGGGGCGAGAAGGAGGCGAAGAGAAGGCGGCACUGGUCAGAAAACAGUUACGAAAUUCAACUCCAGGAUUUGGAAUAUGUUUCCCUCCCAUAAGUGCUGGAUUGUUACUGUUUUUCUGGCAGGUGUCUUCCCUCCAUCCAGCUCCGGCGUCCAAGUGUUUGUGAGAGACGAGAAGAAGUAUGCAGUGCUGUUCCAGUCAGUGGUUCUGCCGUGCCAGUACACCACCGUGUCCUACCAAACCGCCGUGGUGCAGUGGGUCUACAAGUCGUACUGCCGUGACCGCACCAGGGAUUCAUUUAGCUUUCCCGACAACUUGGGCGGAGGCCUGGGUGGGGGAGGGCUGACAAGCGGAACGGGAGGAAUCAGCGGAGGGUACGAGAAGGGGAUGGCAGCCAGCUACCUCGACUGCUCUGACAACAGUCGGACCGUCCGAACUGUUGCUUCCAUCUCUGGUUCCUCGGUCACAUUGUCAGAGUACUACAAGAACAGAGAUAUCUCCAUCAUCAACAAGGCUGACCUGAAGAUAGGAGAGGUCCAGUGGGGAGACAGUGGAGUAUACAUCUGCAAAGUGGUCAUAUCUGAUGAUCUGGAGGGACAGAACGAAGCAUCUGUGGAGCUUUUGGUUCUUGGUUUCUCAGGUGUUCCUGAAGACCUCCUGCCAGACUUUGAUUUGAAGAUAAUGCCAGAGUGGGUGUUUGUGGUGGCAGUGGCACUUGGCAGUGUGUUAUUCCUGCUCUUGAUUGGAGUUUGUUGGUGUCAGUGUUGUCCUCACUCCUGCUGCUGCUACGUCAGCUGCUGGUGCUGCCCCGACACGUGCUGCUGCCCCAGGCAUUUGUAUGAGGCAGGAAAAGGUAUAAAGACAACCACCUCCUCCCCUCAGACACCUCCCUACCCACCGUAUUUCGUGUCUGGUGUCCCAACCAUGGUCCCAAUUGCUCCUCCCUCUCUGGUGGACAAGAUAUCUUCAGUCCCCGGCUCAGAUGGGACUCUACUCACAGCAGUGCCCAUGCACGCUGUAGGGGUUCCCUACCGGGUGCCUUCACCUCAGGAUCAGGAUUCUCUCAGGGUGCUACAGUAUGUAGAGAAACAGCUGGCUCACUUCAACCCUGCCAGGUCCACCAGCCACCAGUCCUGUGCCCUGUCUGAACUGAGCUCCCUCCAUGAGGGAGAAAGUGGCUUCCGCCAAACAUAUCGCAACAUCCAGAAGAACGCUCUGCCAGCCAUCCCUGAUCACGACACUCAGCCUGAACCUCAGCGCUACCGUGAAAACCGCAGUCCAGAGCCACAGAGUUACCGGGAUAAUCCCCCAUCUCCCCACCAUUAUCGUGAUGACCCUGACCCAGAGCCCCGCCACGUCCGGGACGAGCCUCUUCCUCCGCGGCGAUACAGCGAUGACCCUCCAUCUUCGUCUCAGUCGCGCAGGCCCGGCCGGAAUCAGCGGCAACAAAAUCACAACAAUGAGGAAAACCACAACAGGUGGAACCCUCGCUCAGAACACCUUCACAGAAAAACAUACCGAACUGCAGGGCGAACCGGCUCAUUGGACGAGCUGGAGGAGUUUGCCGCUUGUUACAAGCAGAGAGGAGGCAGAGGGGCAGAGAGGAGGGACGAAGAACAGCGAGAGUAUGAGAUGGAGCAUCUGGAGUACAGCCGAUACCCUUCUCACCGAGAUGCCCCACCGCAGCAUUAUCACAGUAAUGAAAAUGACGUUGAGGACAUCAGCGACCGUGAAGAGCAACCCAGGCGGAUCAAGAAAAACAGACAUGACAUCAGCCCACUACCUUCACCCAAAAAGAGGAGGGACACGUCAGACAGAGAGCGUGCUGUCCCACCACCUCCCACAGCAGGUCCACCUUCGACUUCUUCUCAAGAGAAGGACUAUGAUGCCACCUUCCUCAACAGCCUGCUGGAGCGUAAAGCUAAGUUGCGAGGGGUUACCCAGGGGAGGACUGGGGCUCGGGGCAAUGAAGAUUCAGACACACCCUCGAAGAGCAGCCUGAAAAAGAGCAGCGGAGAAUCCAGUCAGCACUGCAGUCGCUCGCCUAGUAACAGGCCCGACGCAGAUUUGCUGCCUCCUCACACUGAGACAGAGCGAGUAAGAACUGACAGGUCGUCUCCAGGAAACACUCACUCCCCUCAGCCGCCCGUUCAUUCCUUAGCGAGUCACAGAGAGGAUCCCAGAAACAAGUCCAGGAAAGUGAGCACUCUCCUCAGCCGAGACUCCCUUAUCGUCUGAUGGACUUCAGUCUUCAGUACAGACUGGAAUCGUCGUGCAGCCUUGAUGCUCUACAGGAACUGCUUGUCAGCUGAUAAAAGAUGACGAACUUGGAUUCAUAAAGAUAACGUCAAGGACAGCAGACUGUGGGAGAGCUGAAUCAGUACUGAUGAGUGAAGACGAGGACAGCAGAGGCACCCGAGAUUUUUACUCAGCUGUUCUGCUUAUGAUGUCAUGGUGAAGUCACUGGCUGUGUGUUAUGUGGACUAAGACUGAGCUAAUGCGUGCAGGGAGUAUGACCUGGACCGUUCCUGCAAGCAGUGCGCUGUUGGUCUCCCCUUGUUACUGUCAGAAAAGGCUCUGAAGCAGAGAGAUUUACAUUACAUUUUCAACACAAUGCCUGCAUUCAUUUCCAUCUUAUGAGUUACGUGAAUGAAAAAAGAACCGCUGUAGAAUUGAGGGUGUAUGACAACGCUGUUAUUGUGAAGAACAGCUAUGUCACCUUCUGUGUCAUUCAGUAGUGUAUUCAGGGACUAAGGCACCUUAGUCAGAAAGCUUCUUCAGCAGUAAUCAGUAUUACCAAAUGUUUACACUUAUUUAUUUUAUGGGACAGUUGACAUGAAUGAAACAACAGUGGUUAUGCGUCAGAGGUCAACAGAGCUCUGACAGAGCUAAUGUGGAUCCAUCAUCUGAAUACAACUAAAAUGACCAAAGGAGCUAAAGCUUUUUUGACUUACGAUAGGAGAAAUGAGACAAUGCUGACAAUGUGACACAACACCAGCAAUCUGAAACAAAACAAAACAAACUAUUAAAGACCGUCAACAAGUUGCCCCGUAGUAGCUCAAAUGUAAAAGUAACAAAUGCUAUAAACACUUUAGCUUCCCUCUCAUCAGAGCUGAGAUAAACACACUGUUCAGCACCAGAUCAAUUAGAGGCACAGUUAGUGAUUAGAUGCUGGACAGGUUCUCUCAGAAGUCAAAGAGUAACAAAGCAGAGCUACACGAGGAGAAUAUCUAACAUAAAUUCAUUAUUUAGGUAAAAACACAACUCCAAAUGAAUGGUAACUUCUUGUGGUAACUUCGAGUGACAUAGUCACUUAUACGAAUGAGGUUUAUAAUAUACGGUUUAAUUCCAUGUAGCAACAUGUAUCAGCUAGAAACAUCUGAAUUGAUUAAGUUUUGCAUGUCUACUAUUAAAAGUUUAUAGCAACAGGAUACCUCAGAAUGAGCCUUUUGUAGGUGGUUACAAAUUUGAGCAUUAAGCUGCCUGAAUAUAAUCUGUAAAUGACCUAAUAUGACAGAAAUCUAUGCAUUUUUAAACAUUUUAAAAUACCUGUUAAGUCUGGAUAAAAAGAUAAAGCUGCAAUGACGCAGCACUAAAGUAAUGAAGGUGUGGAUUAACUUUGCCUAUACUGACCUCUGACCCACAUUUGCUGCAGCAUUAGCAGCAGUGAUGCAGUUAACUCCAGAACACUAAUGUGCAGUUUUCUAACACUAUCACUAAUGUCAGGUAUAUAUUUACCUGAUUUAAUAUAUGCGAUAAAACAUGCUUCCCAUCAAAAUAUUUUAAUGUACAACAAUACAUGACAAACUGAAACGGUAUGAAAGUAGUGAAAAAUUAUCGAAUCGUUAAUGACACCCCCCCCCCAAAAAAAAUUCCAUUGGAUAUUCCUUUUGUUUGUGGCUUGAAAAUCACCCCACAUUAGUGUUAUAGAUUUACUCUUAGGUCAGGAUUAUUAUGCGACAGUAACAUUACUUUGUGGAGCUUUCCCUCCUCUAUUAGAAACAUGUUACGAUUUAUAACUAAAAGUUACAUUUUGUAUUAUCUGUAAACAUUUAAAGGUAUUGAACUGCAACUUGCCUUUGAAAGAUUUUUCUACUACACUUUUGUACGGGACUAUUUAUGCACAUGGUGUGUUUGUUUUUAAAAUUUGUAAAUGAUCAUGUUUGUGUAAGCACUUAAGUACGUACAUAAGAUGAAGUCUGUAUUUCCAUCACCAUAAUUCAGCCAUUGCUUAUCACUGUCGAGCUAGCAGUUAAACCAACUCCAUGUUAUCAGCAGCCACACACUAAGCGUGCUUACUGGAACAGUCAUAUCAAAUAUUUUGCUCUAAUAUUACCCCAUCCAGUAAUUCAUCACUCCCGUGUUGGUGACACUUGUUAUUAGACAAGUGUAAUUAUUUUUUAAUGGUUGGUGAAAAAUUCCCCCUUUGUUUUGUCUUGUGUUUGGUAGAGACAACUCUGUGUGCGGGAGUUAGCAUGAGCGAGAGAGAUGACUCUUUAUUUUUCUGUUAAGGAGACAAUGUGUGAUUGCGUAUGACUCAUGUCUUUGUUCAUUGUUUUAAUCACAGACUGCCUGUCUUGACUACACAGCUGGCUCGACACUCACAUAUCGGUUCUUCCAGCAAAGCUGCAGAUAUCCUCCCUGUUUGUCGCCGACAUACCACAUUUGUUACAACAAUUGCAGACAGUAGGUUCCUAAAGCGCCUACUUGCAGGGUGGCAAACAUUAAGGCCAGCAGUGUUUGACUUUGCAGCAAAAUAAAGUCAGCAGAAAUAAAACUCCAGGGUUAAAGUUCAGAUGGCUUGUUUUAAAUUGCAGAGACAUCAGUGGAGGGUGUUUCUCUUUCAUGCUGCUUAGUAUUUCUGUUGCAUCGUUAUACAGACUUUACUGCAUUUACUGUGUAACUGUCGUUUCUACUUACUUUUGUGGAUAAAUAUUUUAAACAUUAACCAGAACGUUGAGAUAAUAAAAUGUUGUCCAUCUAAAGACAUGUCUGUAUAAACAAACCAAUAAUA